GAAAAAAAUUAUUCCCUUCGACCCAACCUGUUCUUACGUUCGCCUUCAACUCCGCGAUCUCCAGUGGCCAAUUAGGCUUGCGUCUCUUCCUCAGAUUUGGCUGCAGAAUUUGAAGCGGUCUUCCACCUCUCAAUCCCAUCGCCUCCCUCCCCUCCCCUUCCGCCGCUUCAUCUGAAUCCCCAAGGAUCUCGUCCACGCUUCUGGCCCGCGCCUCUUCCCAGUUUUGGUUGCUCGAAUUUCAGCCGAGCUGGUGUUCCGAGCGAUCGAUUGGAGAGCAAAAUUGGAUUUUGAUUUGCGAGCUGAGCUGUUUGAGUAAAAGCGAGUGAAAAUGAUGGAGCAGGAUGGAAGGUACUGAGGUUGGGGUGAUUCAGUAAAUUAUUUCGUUGGCUGGCAAUGCAGUGCUUCUGCCCUGGGGCGAAGAUGAACAGGAUCGAAAAGGCAGCCCGGUCAUCGGAGAUCAGCAAGCACUCAUCUACGAAUGGCGAGAUCAAGCAGCACAUCAACAAUAUUGAUACUGAAGAAGCUGACUUUCCCCUCCAGGAGGGAGGUUCGCUUAAAAGUAAGGAGGCAAGAGCAUUGCUAGGAAAGGUAGAAAACCAACAUGGACACGCUGAAGAAGCACUACGAGUGUUCAGUGGAAUAAAUAUGCCUGCAUUAAUUCCUAAGGUGAAAAUGUCUAUCAUUAGAAAAGUGGACCUGCAAAAGGCCCAGUUACAUUCCAGCUCUCCUUCAUUGCCUUUUCAUGCUGCUAUUCUGCUACUGGAGAUUAUAUAUUUCAAAGCUACAGCACUUCGCAAUCUUGGAAAAAUCGAAGAAGCUACAAAAGAGUGCAGUAGCAUAUUGGAUGUUGUGGAAUCUGCACUACCUGAGGGUUUGCCAGACAUCUUUGGUGAUGACUGCAACCUGAAACCAACACUAUGCAGAGCUGUUGAAUUGCUUCCAGAGCUAUAUAAAUUAGGGGGUUUUCAUUUUGAAGCUAUCUCUUCAUACAGGAGGGCUCUUUGGAGUAACUGGAAUCUUGAUGAAAAGACAAUUGGUAGGAUACAAAAGGAAUUUGCGGUUCUUCUCCUAUAUAGUGGCUGUGAAACUUGCUCUCCGAAUCUUCUAUCUCAGUUGGAUGGCUCAUUUGUACCUCGGAACAAUUUGGAAGAAGCCAUUCUUCUUUUAAUGCUUCUAUUGAGGAAGUUCAAUCUUAAGAGGCUCGAGAGGGACCCAACCGUGAUGCAUCAUCUGACAUUUGCAUUGUCCAUGUCAGGGCAGUUAAAACCACUAGCUAUUCAGUUUGAAGAAUUAUUACCUGGAGUAUUACACAACAGAGAGUGGUCGUACAAUGUUGCUUUGUGCUACCUAGCAGAAGAAGAUGAUCUAAUCGCCCUGAAUCUGCUCAAAAGGAUAUUGGUGUCUGGAGAAGAUUCCAAUAAUCUCAAAGAACUUCUCCUAGUUUCCAAAAUUUGUUGCGAGAACAGUGUACAAGGUGAAGAAGGUACUUUGUAUGCACGCAGAGCCCUAACUAAUCUACAUGGAGGUUGCGAUCAAAUAGAGGUUACUGCUGACCUUUUGCUUGGCAUUUCCCUUUCCAAUCAAGCUAGAUUUGCUACGACCAACACAAAGAGAGCCUCUCAGCAGCGUGAAGCGUUGGAAGUGCUCAGUAUUUCUGAAAAGAAGAUGCAUGGCAUAGAUUUUAGGGUACUAUACAAUCUCAGCCUUGAAAAUGCCAAGCAGAGGAAAUUGGAUACAGCAGCUCGUUAUGCAAAGAAACUUUUGAAAUUAGAGGCUGGAUCAGAACUCAAGACUUGGCUCCUUAUGGCUCGAAUAAUGAGUGCCCAAAGACGGUUUGAAGACGCUGAGUCCAUUGUAAAUGCCGCGCUAGAUCAGACUGGAAAAUGGUUUCAAGGAGAUUUAUUGCAAAUUAAAGCCAAAAUGCAGGCUGCACAGGGUAAAUUUAAGAAAGCAGUUGAAACAUAUACCCAGCUUCUUGCUGUCAUCCAGCUAAGGACAAAAAGUUUCAAUGCUGGGAUUUCUGUGUUAAAGGGCUCUAAGGAUGAUAGAAGUCUGGAAAUAGAGACGUGGUAUGAUCUGGUCCUUCUGUAUAUAAGAAUGUCACAGUGGAGGGAUGCAGAACUUUCCAUAUCAAAAAUAAAAGCUAUCAGCCCAUACUCUGCCUUGGCUUUUCAUGCUACAGGAAAGCUACAUGAAGCAAAAGGUUUUCUAAAGGAAGCUCUUCGAGCAUACUCAACAGCAUUGGACCUUGAACCUAGACAUGUACCAAGUUUGAUAUCAACAGCUAUUGUUCUUCGACGGCUUGGCGAGAGACCCUUGCCUGCUGUAAGGUGUUUCCUAACUGAUGCAUUGCAAUUAGACAGAACAAAUCAUAUUGCGUGGUUGAACCUUGGCUUACUAUACGAAGAUGAAGGGGGCAGUUCAGCACUUGAAGCUGCUGAAUGUUUUCAGACUGCUGCUCUUCUUGAAGAAACUAACCCAGUAGAACCUUUUAGAUGACACAGAUUGUACUCAAAUUGAAUGUUUUAGGGAGAUUGCUAUAGUACAAAGUACUUUCACAACACAGUUUCUAAACAUUUUUUCCCCUUCUGGUGCAUUCUUUUUGUGCUUCACCAUCCCAACAUUUAGGAGAGGAGAGUGUGUAAAGUGCAUUAAUUACAAACACGUACACGUGUACAAUUGUUACCCCAUAUUUUUGACAUAAUAUUGAGAUUAUAGCAUGACACAAUUCCUGUUCAA